AUGGCACAGUUGCUUACGGUACAAUUAUUUAUAGUACAUUUACCUACGGUACACCCACUCAAGAAGGCAAUUCCCCAUCCACCACCCGCAGAGGAUGCGGAAAGAAACCUAGAAGCAGAAGAAGGCUCCACCUGUAGCACAAGCUACCAAAUCUACGAGAAGUCCAAAGCGUGCCCCAUCGUCGACUCUAACUUGGAGUCCGAAAAAGAUGCCAAUGCGGAAGCUGAAGUUGUCCCUGCCAGCAACGCAGUCACGGAGCUGGUCCACCGCCUCAGCACCACUGCUCCCGCCAUCCUGGACAUUACGCUCCUUGCACCAAGCAUAGGCGCCUUUAUUGAUUACCAGCAGUCCCCCGGCGGCCCAUGUAUGGAGGAGCGCCUGCAGUACCAGAUUCGCGCUGCCAUUGGCACCAACCUGCUCAUGCUCGACUACGUCUUUGUCCCGCUGAACGCGUCGCUCCCGUCCCCGUCGCAGGCCAGAAGACAAAGAUGAAGAUGAAUAUUGAAUCCCAGCUCAAGGAAGGCGGAGAACACUGGAACUUCCCGCUUGUCCGCAUCGUCGCGCACCGUGCUGGGGACUUCGACGCCACUGCCUAUGCCAACAUUCCCU